AUGGGGGUUAAACUGGGCGUCACAGGGGACCGGCUCCUCCGAGCGGAGCAUCGCCCCUUCUCCCCGCCCCCCUUCGCCCCAGGCAGAGACUCCAGGCUGGUCACCGCCCACGGGACCCUGGCCCGGGACAGGCACGACUCUGAGUUCUUCCUCUGGGAGGAGCUUCUCCUCCCAGAGGACACCCCCCCGCCCCCCCUUAAGGCAGUUCCAGCUGCUGAGCGCCAGGGAGGAAGCCAACAGCUGACCCCACAAAGGCCCAUGUCCCUGGCUUGUGGCACCGGGGACAGGAGGUGCCACAUGAGGUCCAGGCCUCUGAACACCAGGCUGCGCGUGAUCCGGCUGGACGUCACGCGGAUGCAGGAUGGGAGAGGGGCCUGGAGCCAACCUGCAAAGACUGUUGUUUGUCCAGCGGGCCAGGAGCCCCGGCUGCAGAGGGAUCGGCCUGCUUCCCAGGUGUGGAGCACGGAGCCACCUUUAAAGCUCGCCGUUUGCAGCGGCGGGUCAGAGCCACUCUGCCUCGUGGGCAGUUGCCUGGCUGCAGACUGCUGGCCAGCCAUUGGGCGUCUCAGCACAGUGAGAGCAGCGCUGUCCAUGGAGGGGCUGGGGGGCCAGGGUGGAGACCAGUGCCGGGGCCUCCUCCGGCCUCCUGUGUCCUUCCUCCACCCAGCCAGCGCUGCCGAGAAGCCCUGUCCUGCUGGGGCAGCGGGGGGCCGGGGACUGCCCCCGCCCGCCGUGAGUGCCAGGAACCAGGCCGGUGGAGGCAGCUCACUGCGGAGGCCGAGCAGGGCCCAGGAGCCCGGGCUCCUGCGGGCGCUUUGCCGCCUCUGGACGUCAGGGUCCCUGGUGGUCAAGCGCGGUGCUGGAGAACCGGGUGGCCCCUUCCCUGGCUUGGGCAUGCGCGUGCAGAUCGCCAGGCGCGCCUCCCUGGGUGUGGGGAGCCCUAGCCCCACGGCCCAGAGCCGGGGCCUCUGUCUUGUGCUCUUUGUCACCGUCGUGGACUCCCUUCUUGCUGGUUGCAUCCCGGGCCCUGUGCCUGUGGGACAGACGCUCCGUCCAGGCUCUCGGGCCCGGGACUUGGUUCCGCCGUUUCUGGCCCAGAGACUGCAGUGCCUGCGGUUUCCCCAGGGCCCUCCCACGCUUCUACAGACCCUGACAUCAAUGGGGGAGCCAGCCACACUGGCAGGCGGGAAAGCCGAGCACGGACGGGACAGCAGGCGGGCGGGCCCCCAGGUGGAGCGCUGUGGGCCCGGGAGUGAGGGCAGCUGGGCGCUGCCAGGGUCAGGGCUGACGCGCUGGGGUUGGCAAGUGGCCACGCGUACUAGUGAGACGCGUUUUCGAGCCGCUGGUGAGGUGUCUGUCCCUGCGCGGCUGGGGCAGCACCUCGCCCUCACCCGCCACCCUGAGACCAGCGUGUUUCUCUGCGAGGACUUUGAGGGCUUCCCAAGCGGGUCUGAGAGGCUGGGGCGCCCAGGCCGCCACCGUGUCUGUGAAAUGAGCAGUGAGACGUGGACAGAGCUUUCUGGCUGCAACCAGGCCCUGCACAUCCGAGUUGGCGGCGGCGGCGGUGAGCAGGCCCUCGACCGUGGAGGGGCCGGCCCUGGGGUCGGGGGCUCCCGUGGAGUGGGAGUGGUCUUCCGUGACAGGCAGAAUGCGGACGAGUCCAGAGGCACUUCUGUGUCGGUGGCAGCCCGGCGGGCUGUUUGGCUGGAACCAGCAGGUUCUGUCAGAACCAGAGGCACCAGGACACAAGAAGGCGUGGACUGUGGCCUCACAUGCUGGGGCAGCAUGCCUGAACCCCCCAGCGUCCACCUGGACCCCAGCCCCCAGCCCCCCAGCAGGACGUCCUCCCGCCAGUGGCCAGUGGCCUGGGCCUCCCUGCAGAAGACAGCGGUCCUCCUGUUCCUCCUGUGCAGCGUGUCCCUGCCCCCGACGCGGGGCCAGGCCCAGAUUCCUCUGGAAACAGUGAAGCUGUGGGCAGACACCUUCGGUGCGGACCUGUAUGACACUGUCACCAAAUACUCGGGCUCUCUUCUGCUGCAGAAGAAAUACAAGGACGUGGAGCCCAGUCUGAAGAUCAAGGAGGUGGAUGGCUUGGAGCUGGUGAGGAAGUUCUCGGAGGACAUGGAGACCAUGCUCCGCAGGAAGGUGGAGGCCGUCAAGAAUCUGGUGGAGGCUGCAGAGGAGGCGGACCUGAACCACGAAUUCAACGAGUCUCUGGUGUUUAACUACUACAACUCCGUUCUCAUCAACGAGAAGGACGCGAGCGGAGCGUACGUGGAGCUGGGCGCCGAGUUCGUCCUCGAGUCCAACGCGCACUUCAGCAACCUGAUGGUGAACACGUCGCUCAGCAGCGUGCAGCUGCCCACCAACGUGUACAACAAAGACCCCGAGAUCUUGAACGGGAUCUACAUGUCUGAAGCUUUGAACUCCGUUUUCGUGGAGAACUUCCAGAGAGACCCGACGCUGACCUGGCAGUAUUUUGGCAGCGCAACCGGAUUCUUCCGGAUCUAUCCAGGCAUCAAGUGGACGCCAGACGAGAACGGAGUCAUUGCCUUCGACUGUCGGAAUCGCGGCUGGUACAUCCAGGCGGCCACCUCCCCCAAGGACAUGGUGAUCCUGAUGGACACGAGCGGCAGCAUGAAGGGGCUGCGGCUGACCAUCGCCAAGCACACGGUCUCCACCAUCCUGGACACUCUGGGGGAGAAUGACUUCGUGAACAUCAUCGCGUACAAUGACUACAUCCACUACAUCGAGCCUUGUUUUAAAGGGAUCCUGGUCCAGGCGGAUCGAGACAACCGGGAGCACUUCAAACAACUGGUGGAUGAGCUGAUGGUCAAAGGUGUGGGGGUCGUGGACCAAGCCCUCAGUGAAGCCUUCCAGAUCCUGAAGCAGUUCCAAGACGCCAGGCAAGGAAGCCUGUGCAACCAGGCCAUCAUGCUGAUCACCGACGGGGCCGUGGAGGACUACGAGCCCGUGUUCGAGAAAUACAAUUGGCCAGACCGCAAGGUCCGAGUCUUCACCUAUCUGAUUGGGAGGGAAGUGAGUUUUGCUGACCGCUUGAAGUGGAUCGCAUGCAACAACAAAGGCUACUACACGCAGAUCUCCACGCUGGCCGACGCCCAGGAGAACGUGAUGGAGUACCUGCACGUGCUCAGCCGCCCCAUGGUCAUCAACCACCACCACGACGUCACCUGGACGGAAGCCUACGUGGACAGCAGGGCGCAGAGCCUGAGCCUCCUCACCACCGUGGCCGUGCCGGUCUUCAGCAAGAAGAACGAAACUCGAUCGCACGGCAUUCUCCUGGGCGUGGUGGGCUCUGACGUGGCCCUGAGGGAGCUGAUGAAGCUGGCCCCCCGGUACAAGCUCGGGGUGCACGGAUACGCCUUCCUGAACACUAACAAUGGCUACAUCCUCUCGCAUCCUGACCUCCGACCCCUGUACAGAGAGGGGAAGAAACUGAAGCCCAAACCCAACUACAACAGCGUGGACCUCUCGGAGGUGGAGUGGGAGGACCGGGCCGGGACGCUGAGGACAGCCAUGAUCAACAGGGAAACGGGGUCCCUCUCCAUGGACGUGAAGGUUCCGCUGGACAGAGGGAAGCGAGUCCUUUUCCUGACCCACGACUACUUCUUCACGGACAUCCGCGACACGCCUUUCAGUCUGGGAGUGGUGCUGUCCCGCGGCCACGGGGAGUACAUUCUCCUGGGAAACACGUCUGUGGAAGAAGGACUGCACGACCUGCUCCACCCGGACCUGAGCCUGGCGGGUGACUGGAUCUACUGCGUCACGGAUAUAGACCCCGACCACCGGAAGCUCAGCCAGCUGGAGGCCGUGGUCCGCUUCCUGACCGGGCAGGACCUGGCCCUGGAGUGUGACGAGGAGCUGCUGCAGGAGGUGCUGUUUGAUGCGGUGGUGACGGCGCCCAUGGAGGCCUACUGGACGGCGCUGGCCCUCAACAUCUCUGAGGAGUCCGAGCGCGUGGUGGACAUGGCCUUCCUGGGCACGCGGGCCGGCCUCCUCAGAAGCAGCCUGUUCGUGGGCUCCGAGAAGGUCUCCGACAAGGGGUUCCUGACUCCCGCGGACGAGGCCAGCGUGUUCACCCUGGACCACUUCCCAUUGUGGUACCGCCAGGCGGCCGAGCAGCCCCCAGGCAGCAUGGUCUUCAACCUCCGCUCGGCGGAGGGACCAGAGAGCCCGAGCCAGCCUGUGGUGGUGACGGUGAGCACCGCUGUGGCGGUGACGGUGGACGGGAGGACGGCCAUCGCAGCAGCCGUGGGCGUCCAGCUGAGGGUGGAGUUCCUGCAGCGCGCGUUCUGGGCGGCCACGCGGCAGUGUGGCGCUGCGGAGGGGCCGUGCCUGGAGAGCUGCCAGGACAGUGACCUGGACUGCUUCGUCGUGGACAACAACGGCUUCAUCCUGAUUUCGGAGAGGCCCCAGGAGAUGGGAAGAUUCCUGGGGGAGGUGGAUGGCGCCCUUGUGACGCAGCUGCUCGGCAUGGGGGUGUUCAGCCAAGUGACCAUGUAUGACUACCAGGCCAUGUGCAGGCCCGCGAGUCACCACCACAGCGCCUCCCAGCCCCUGGUCAGCCCCCUCUCUGCCCUCCUGACCGCUGCCAGGUGGCUGGUGAAUGAGCUGCUGCUGUUCCUGCUGGAGUGGAGCGCCUGGGGCUCCCGGCGGGCAGACAGCGGAGCCGAGGCCAAGACCGUCUUCCAUCACGCCCACAAGCACAAGAAGCAGGACGUGCUGCAGCCGUGUGACACCGCCUACCCCGUGUUCGUGCACCAGACGGCCAUCCAGGAGGCCAACGGCAUCGUCGAGUGCGGGGCCUGCCAGAAGGCGUUCGUGCUGCAGCAGAUUCCCCGCAGCAACCUCCUCCUCCUGGUGACGGACCCCACCUGCGCCUGCAGCGUCUUCCCACCCGUCUUGCAGGAGGCCACGGAAGUCAAAUAUAACGCCUCUGUCAAGUGUGAGAGGAUGCGCUCCCAGAAGCUCCGCCGGCGCCCGGAUACCUGCCACGCUUUCCAUCCAGAGGAGAAUGCCCAGGACUGCGGUGGCACCUCGGACAUCUCGGCCUCGCCCUCCCUGCUCCUGCUGCCUCUGUGUGCCUGGCUGCUGCCGCCCCGGCUGCUGCGGUGACAUCUGCCCGGUCUGACCCGUUGUGCCAAGGUGGUCCUUUCAGAGACAUUCUAAAGAGUCAGCGGGUGUGGGCUCCAGCUCUCGGCAGUUGGGUUCUCGCCGGUCAUUGCUCAUCCCAGUCUUGGGCUGAUGGUCCCUGCCUCCUGGGGAUUGCUGGACAGAACUGGACAUCACUUCCCAGAGACCUUCCAGGGUGUCUGGUCCAUCACCCCAAGUCUCGGUGGGCAUCCUGCCCUUUGUCCUACCUCCUCUUUGGGAGCCUGGCAUGAACAAAAAGGUUUAGUUGCAUCCAUUUUGCACUUAAUCUCCAGAAGUCCAGGCCUGGCCGAAGGAAGCAGCAGCUGUUUCUAAUGAAUCUGGUUCAUUAGAGUAGACCUGAGUAGACUCCAGGACUUAAAGGUUCUGAGAAGGAGCAGCAGAGUGAAGCCACCAGCAGAAAGGGCAGGAGGGGAGCAAUGUGCCCACUGGAAGCCGUUUCCCCAGUGCGGGGUGGGGGCAGCUCAGUCUCCUAGCUGCAGCUCAGAAAAGGGUGUGUGUGUGUGUGUGUGUGUGUGUGUUGAGAAAGAGAGGUAGAAAAGGCAGGGUCUUUUGUAUUAAACUGGUUGCAUAUGAUGUCCACAAACUGUUGCUAUUAAAAAAAAAAAUUGAAAAACAUCUUUGCAAAGUCCUAACCUAAGGGAAUGUUGCAUCGUAGAAAGCCCGUAGGGUGAGAUGCAGACUGCGUUCGAUUGGAAGAGGGUGCGGUUUCAGGGGAGGCGGUGGGAGCAGCUGCAGCCCCGCAGCAAGGCCCCGGGAGGGAGCAGGCAGGCCUUCGGGGCUCCUGAGGGCUGGCUCCAGACCCCUCCCCUGGAGGCCCAGGCCCCAUGGUGGGGUUGGGGGGAGGUGCCUUCUGGCUGUUCGUCUGCAGGAGAGACCACCUGACUCUUCCCUGGGGCCACUGGGAAGGGAGCUGCGCCCGGCACUCCUCCCCCAGGGUCUCGGCCGGCCGCAGCGCCCUCUACCCGACCCCGCAGACCUGGCUCCUGAGAGGCUGCAGCCUCGGGGCAGAGCAACGUGAGAAGCAGAACUGCAGAAACGCUUGGUGGCCUCUGAGCUCUGCGUUGAGCUAACCUCCCAGGAGGAGGUCCAGCCCGGCCCCACGAGGGGCGUGGCCAGCACAAGGCCUCGGGGGGCCUCCCCACCUCCUUAGAACACGUCGUGAUCUUUGUCACGAGCCUUCCGUGUCCAGGUCACGGUUACUUUCAUUGGUUUCCUGUCUGUGAGGAACCCCGUUCACAGCUGAACCCAAGCCUCGGGGAGAAGAGCAGGCCCGGAGCCCACUGGGCCAGUGGAGGGGGCGGGAUGACGCCGGCAGGAGCUCAGUGUGACGUGGAGACGGCAGGCACGUUGCGAAGCCGCCUGGAGCAGGUGCGCUGUCAGCCCCGUGGCACAGACCAGGAGACCAAAGCGUGGCGUUAAACUGGCUCCGGGUGGGUGGAUGAGCAUCGUGAGGUUUGAAGGUGACGCUCGUGUCGCAAGCCUACAGCUGCCCAGCUGCAAGCCGCAGGCAUGACCACACUGCCGUCUGUCCCAGCGCCCAUCCUCUGGAGGAGGGGACGGAGGAGCCCGUUUGGAUGCCAGACAACAGGCAGAGGUCACAGGGCCCCCCGGCACCGGGAGCCUUUCUCCCGCCCCCUGGCUGUGGCCGCUGCCCUGCCCCUCGCUGCUGGGCCCACGCCACCCCGCGCUUCUGGGGCGUCAUUGUCCAGAUGGCGACUGCUGGUCUCCUUGGGACAGCAGCCCAGUCCCCCACCCAACCAGGGAGCGCGUCUCCAACUUCUCAACUGUCAUGGCCCCGUAACUGGACCACCACUUGGAAAGUGCCGAGGCAGCCCCCAGCCUCUCCCGGCUCCUCUGCCCCAUCUCUGUGGGGCCGGGAGGGGGCUGAGGCUGGACUCCCUCUCAGAGCCAGGGAGGGAGGCAGCUUCUGGUGAACUGCUCUCACCUGGGAGAACAGGGCGUGCUGGGCUUUGCCUUCGGAGUCAGGACCGGCUCCCUCUUCCUACUUCGGGGGGAAAGACAGCAGGUGGCAGCCUGGCCACAGCGGGAGAGCCGUGACCUUGACUGCAGAGACGCAGUGGAGUCAAGGGGGCCAGAGUCCUGAAGUCCCUUCUGUAAAUGCUGUCGCCUUCGGACGACCGAGAACACCCGGCACAGGACAGAGGACUGCUGAGCCCGCUGCCUGGCCACCUGGGUGUUUUAGCAGCAGCACCGUCAGAGCCAGGCCCGGGUUCAAACUCGCCCUUGUCUGCUUCCCUCCAAACAUCCAAGGACAUCCCGUGAGAA